AUGACGGCCCAGGAUGCGGACGAUGAGGAAAACCCGUAUGACAUGGCGUACCUUGCUGAGGACGACUGCGACACGGACAGCGAUGACAAAGUGGAGUACCUGUACGAGGAUGAGGAGGAGGAAGGCGCUUGGGGAGGUGUCAUCCUCGACCUGGACAUGGAGCUGAUGUUCAAAGGAGGAUCAGAGAGUUUGAAUCUCGUGGGGUAUGCGGAUGCGGAUGAUGCGGGCGACAAAGAGAACCGGUCGUCCACGGGAGGCUACCUCUUUAAGCUUGGCGGAGCUGCCGUUUCCUGGCAGGCCAAGAAGCUGCAGGGUGCGACCAAACUUUCCUCCGCCGAGAGCAAGCUUGUGGCUGCGGUGGAAGCGGGAAAGGAGGGGGGCAAGCUGAGGUUCCUGCUGUGGGAGUUUCAACUGGUCAAGAAGGGUGUUCCCACCACCCUGCACGUCGACAACAUGUCAGCGGUGCAGCUCAGCCAGGCGGGCGGGCUGCAGGGGCGCAUGAAGCAUGUGGACCGUCGCCACAUGUGGCUCCAGGACAUGGUGCGCCUGAAGAAGUUGAAGCUGCAGCACAUCCCUACGACGGCACAGCCCGCGGACUUCUUCACGAAGCGGCUCGACAAGGCAGCCUUCAAUCGUUGCUGUGCAACAGUAGGGCUGGUCCAGCGUGCUCUUGAUAGCAAGGGGGCGUGUUAG